UGGUCGCAUUCUCUGCACCGACUGGCAGCGUGGCCUCUGCACAAGCACCAGCUCUACCCACAUUCACGAGUGCUCCGGGUGCGGCAGCUCGACUCACGGAGCUCAAAGGUGCUCUCGAACGGAGAAGGCAUGAACCUGUCUCCCCCCUCCGACCUGACGCCUGGGCGCGCGCCCUCGCGGACACUGGCCUUGUCCACAAAUAUCCUACAGUCACUAACGGAAUACGAUACGGCUUCCACGUCGGCAUCCCCGCCAUUCAUGCUACACGCACACCCCCUAAUAACGACACCAUCGCUGUACAUCACGAUCAUUUCAUGUCCAUCGUCUCUAACGAGUUCCGGUGCAAUAGGUACAUUGGCCCUUUCACGCGAGACGAGCUCGAGCAAUGUAUUGGGCCCUUCCAGACUUCUCCCCUGUCCCUUGUACCUAAGCCCCACAAGCCUGAUAAGUUACGCCUUACUCAGAAUUUUUCAUACCCUCACAUUCCUAGACACAAUUAUCUUUCGAUUAAUUACUUUAUUGACUCCAGCGACUUCCCCUGUACCUGGGGAACAUUCGCAGCUAUCUCGUUCUUGUGCGCUCACCUUCCCGCAGGCUCCCAAGGUGCCAUCCGAGACGUCCGCGAGGCCUAUCGCAGCAUCCCGCUCGCGCCAUCUCAGUGGCCGGGCACCGUCGUGCAGAUCAGCGCUGGCGUCUUCGCCCUCGACCCGACCCUCGCCUUUGGUAUCACCUCUGGGGGAGGAGUUUACGGCCUCGUCGCAGAUGCCGGCCUCGACAUCCUGCGCGCGCGCGGCAUGGGACCAAUGGCUCGAUGGGUCGAUGACCACCUUUUCAUCAGAAUCUUGCGCCGCUACAUCGACGAGUACAACUCCUCCCGAGAAGCAUGGAAGCACGAAAUUAUCCGAGCAGGAGGCCGACACCAGCGCAGCGCCCGCAUCUGGUACAGUGGCGACGUCGCGGAGGGCGGCUGCAUCCGCGAGUUCGUCGAGGACAUGUCAUUCCCCAUCAGGGACCUGUCGAACGCAUCCGAGCGCAGCCCCGACGACUCCAACUUCACGUACUGCCUGCGCGACGUCGACUUCAUCAGCAACCAGCUCGGCGUCGAUUGGGAGCACUCAAAGGACCAGGACUUCAGCUCAACCUUUGUUUUCACCGGGCUGUCAUGGGACCUCGACCGACAGUGCGUCGGCCUGCCGGAUCUCAAGCGAGCGAAAUACUUGGAAUCCCUUCACGAUUGGCAGCGCUCCCGAGUUCACAUCCUCGAGGAAGUGCAAAAACUAUAUGGAAAGCUGCUUCACGCGUCGCUCGUUGUACCCGAAGGCCGAGCCUACCUCACAAAUCUCGAAUCCAUGCUGGCCAUAUACCAUAACAGUCCUCACAUGCCGCGUACCCCUCCCCGACAUACUCCGGACGACCUCGACUGGUGGGAGCGCACCCUCGACAAGCCCGGCCUCGAGCGGCGCAUACCUCGGCCCCAAACCUUCGUUGAUGUUCGCGCCUUCUCAGACGCGAGCUCCGAGGUCGGAAUCGGGGUCAUCAUCGGUGAACGCUGGCGCGCAUGGGUCCUCUGUCCCGGGUGGAAGUCAGACACCCGCGACAUUGGCUGGGCAGAAGCGGUCGGCUUCGAGUUUCUCCUUCGCAUCCUACUCAGGGACGACCCCGGCAGCGUGUGCAUCAAAGUAUUCGGUGACAACAAGGGAGUCAUCGACGGGUGGCGGAACGGGCGCAGCCACAACUGGGAAGUCAACCUCGUCUUCCGCCGCAUCCACAGAGUCCUUGCUUCGACCGCAAGCUCUGUCCAUGCCGAGUAUGUUGCGAGCGCCGACAACCCUGCCGACAAGCCAUCCCGCGGCAUCUAUCCCCCUUCCCACCUACUCCUCCCACCCAUCGAAAUACCGCCGCCUCUCCAACAGUACGUCGUUGACCACGAUAGCCCUACCGCCCAAGCCAUCCUUGCCCGUGUUCGGCUGCGCCGCUCACAGCGGCCACACCUUCCCGCCUCAGACGCGACCCCGGCUAGUCACGACAUCCCGUACGAGCUCCUCACCGACCCGAGAUUCUGGGGCAAAGAGACAUUUUGACGCUCCAGUCGCGCCACCUCUAUCACCAACCAAGGCCCGUCCCCGCGCCUACCCGAGCACGUUGCAACUGGCGCCUUCGAUCCUCCGCCCCAACUGCCUCGCUCGCGAGAGACUGUACGCAUGGCACCCGGCUUCAGUCUGCCGUGCUAGCUCGGAUGCGCACCUCGACACGGACCGCAUAGCGACGGUCAUGGCAAAUGGGUAUGCGGACGGCACUGCGGAGACCUACGGCAGUGGGCUUCUGGUGUAUCACGUCUACUGCGACUUGAAAGGAGUCGCCGAGGAGGACAGAGCGCCCGCAGCGGCAAUUCUGAUCUCGUCGUUCGCAGCCAGUCUCGCCGGCUCCUAUGGUGGAGGGACGGUGGCCAACUACGUGUACGGUGUGCGUGCAUGGCAUCUCAUCCAUGGGGCACGCUGGGCAAUGAACAAGGACGAGCUCGAUGUUCUGCUCAAGGCCGCGGACAAGCUAGCGCCUCCCACAUCCCGGCGCAAGCAGCGGCAACCAUACACCAUCGAAAUCCUCGCGCGCGUUCGCCCGCGGUUCGAUCUUCAAGUCCCACUGGAUGCCGCGACGUGGGCCUGCCUCACGACAACAUUCUGGUCGGGAGCACGCCUCGGCGAGUUCACAGUCACAAACCUUCAGUCCUUCGAUCCACGGGUGCAUGUCAAGCCGUCAGACAUGAGCAGUGUCUCGGACAGGCAAGGGAACAAGCAGCAGAAGUUCCACAUCCCCCGAACAAAGGCAAACCAGCUUCACGGUGAGGACGUGUUCUGGGCAGAACAGCCCGGCGAGAUCGACCCGAAGCUCGCCCUCGAUGCGCACCUAGCGCUCAAUACGCCGGGGCCCAACGACGCGCUUUUCUCCUAUCCUCACGGGAAGACCCGCGCGCGUCGACCGCUCACAAAG